ACAGACAGACAGACAGACAGACAGAGAGAGUGAGAGGGAGAGAGUCACCACCCUGUCCUCGUGCAGCUGUCAGCUGUUUCCUCGUGCACAAUCGAUCCAUCAAUCAACGGGAGCGACGACAGCUCGUCAAACACCUGAAGAUCCAUCCAUCCAUCCAUCCAUCCAUCCAGAUGAAUAAUGAAGUCCCUCCUGUGUACUUCCCCCAACCCCCCGGAGGCCCCUCAGCCCCCGGCUACCCUGCAGGGUUCAGCUCUCAGCCGGCAGCCUUCCCCGGAGUGCCAUACCAGACCUACCCUCAGGCCUACACAGGUGGAGGAGACCACUACACCUUCCCAGCACCAGUGGGACCCCCGGGACCCUACCUGAAUCAGCCCGGGUACCAAGGGUACCAAGGGUACCAGAGGGAGCAGCCAAAAACCACAGUGUUCGUGUCUGACCCGAAUAAUGGCAUCAACCGUGGUGGUGACUCUAAGAGCUCGUGUCUGGCCGGCUGCUUAGCCGCUAUGUGCUGCUGCUUUCUCUUGGACAUCUUCUAAAAACCUCUGGCCAUCUGCAGCCAUCAACACAUCAAGAAAUCUCUUUUAAUUUGGGGUUUUAUAUCUUAUAUCUGUCUGUCUGUGUUUGAAUGUUACUUCACUGUUGUGAUGACUCUCAUGACGUCACAUCUGAUUUUAUGGGAAUGAGAGAAAUAAAAACAUGAAGAUAAAAUAA